AAUUUCAAAAGCUCACCAGCAGGGAGAAUAUUUUUAUAACACGGCAACACCAAAUCAAAAAAGUUUGACAUAUCGCAGUGAAGUUGUGUGGACAGUGAACGUGUGUGUAGUUUUUAAUAAAUAAUUAUUUUUUAUGUAGUGUUAUAAAGGAAACAGAGCACAAGAUGGCAAUGGCUACAGCAACGCACAACUCCGUCGCUUCGACGAUGGAGGCCUCUCAGUCCCUCAUCCAGACGGAGUCGAGGGUCCAGAGGAACUACCAGGAGGUCCAGGUGUCGGAACAGCGUCAGGUUAAGAAGAAGAAGUCCAUGAGGAGGCAUAAGGAUGAAGGGACCAUUUCUGUGUCAAGGAGCUCAUCGAAGCUCCACAAGAAGAUGCAAGCCGCCGACGAGAACCCUCAAUGCGCCGCAUGCUCCCGCCCCGUCUACGCCAUGGAACGCAUCAAAGCGGAAAAACGUGCGUGGCAUAAGGAGUGCUUCCGCUGUACGCAGUGCAACAAGCAGCUCACUGUGGAGACAUACCAGAGCGACCACACUACUCUCUACUGCAAGCCGCACUUCAAACAGCUGUUCGAACCCAAACCCGUAGACGGAGACGACCAGACAGACGCGGCGCCUCCUAAGAAACACCAAAUGAUUAUUUGCGAAAGCAACCCCAUCGAGCUACCACCCGAUGUUGCCAGAGCAUCAGACAAGCCAGACCUGGGUCUCGAGGAGCUCUCGCAACUCGACGUGAAGUCUCGCUUUGAGGUGUUCGAGAAAAAGAACGUAGCGGAGGACCCCGCGCCCAGAGAACCGAGGGCUCCGAGAGAGAAGAGCACCGCCCUGCUGUCCAAGCUUGCCAAGUUCAAAGCCAAGGGCAUGGACGUGGGCGUGUCCGACGAGUACCUGAACGGUAUACCAGUGGAGGCCAGCUCCAGCGAGCCUGAGGAUGAGGAUGACGAAGACUCAAUCCUCAAGAAGUCCUACAAGGCCGCUAACGGCCGCGAGCAGCCCGUCUCCUUCUGCAACAUGAGCGAGAUAGUCGGCAAGUUUGAAACGGGACAGCACAACAGCUCAGAGCGCACGCGCGAGAGGAAGCAGGAGAUACAGAAUAUUCGCAGCAGGCUUUUUAUGGGCAAGCAGGCUAAAAUCAAAGAGAUGUACGAACAAUCCGUUAUGCAGAGCGAACAAGGUGUAACGUCGGCGGAUAAGAUCUCUCGCGAGCUAGAGUUGGACGCGGAGAAGUCGCGAGCGAUCAAACAGCGCUUCGAGAACGGCGAGGUGUUCAACGACGAGAACCAGCCACCGAGGAACAGGGAGAUAGACGACCAGGCGCUCUUUAACGAAGGUAUCGGCAAGAAAUCUCGUUCCAUCUUCUUGGAGCUAGACGCCAACGCCAAGAACGCGCCGACCUCGCCGCCGCCGCAGGAAGUGCCCAGGAGGAAGGAAAUUCCCUUCAUACCCAAGGAUGUGGUCCGUGCAGCAGACAAAGUGGAAGAGGUCCACAUCCAGACGGCGGACAUCACGGACCGCUUCAAGUUCUUCGAGACCUACAAGCCGGAGCAGACCCGCAAGGAGUUCCGCAUGACACCACCCAGGCAGACGCAGCGAGCCAAGUCGCCGUCCCCCGAGGUGUACCACGAGCCCUCGGUGGUGCGCAGCGAGGACGCGGCGCCCGACGCGGGGCUGGCCGCCACGCGCCACACCGCCUCGCGCAUGAUCAACGUCUUCCGACAGCUCGAGGAGCAGCGCCAGCCCGAGCCACAGGGCCCCAAACCCCUCAAGCGCUUCACCCCCCCUCCGCCCGGCGAGGAGACCCACCAGGGCCACAGCUCCGAGGAGGAGUACACGGAUGAGUAUUCAGACGAGGAGGAUAGCGAGGAGGAACGCCAGAGGUUCUACACCGAGGCCCGCGAGAGAGACGAGGCUCUCAAACAGGCCCAGCAACUAGCCCGCACCAAGAGCUUCCGCGACCGCUUCGAGAACUGGUCCGAGUCCGAACCCGAGAGACAAGUCGGGCAUGUCGUCAUAGAGCGCGACGAUGACGGGGAGUCGCAGCUCGAGACCGCCAAGAGCUUGCGCGAAAAGUUUGAAGCUCUGAAGGAGCAACAGUCGAACGUGACGAAGACGUUCUCGACUAAAGUCAAUAGAUUUGUGUAACCAUGGAGUGAUACCGCGAGAGCCGUCGAUUGCCAAAGCCUUACGUUUUAACCCUGUUUUAAAGUUGUAAAGUCUCGUAUUGCCAAUAUCGCAGGAAAUAUAAUGUAAGUCUGAUGACCCGUUUUCUUUACACAUUCAUAAGAAAGAGAUACUAUUGUUGGUUUUGGAACAUUCCACAAGCUGUCCCGUACAAACACAUUUUACUUCGUGUAUUAAAACCUUUUUUUCGGCGUUGAUUAUUUUUUUUGCGCAUAUUUUUGAUCAUUUGUCACAGAAAACAAACUCCUAUACGUAAAUCUUUAGAAAAUUCGCGUUUGUACGGGACAACGGUAGACAAGUUCAUGUUAUGCUCCUUCAUUGCAAUGAAAAAUAUAGCGAAGUAGGUGUCAUCACGGACCACAUUUAUUUAGUAUAAAACAUUAGUACCAUUGACCGGGGUGACUUUCAAAUGCAGGGGCGACUUUAAAAUUCUAGUUUUUAAGCCAUAAUAUAUAUUUAUGCGAGAAUUUUUACAGUAGGUGAAUAUGAAUAUAUAGUAAUCUAACUAGUUACAGGAACAUUUUCAGUAAAUAAUGAAUAAUGGUAAUUCUAUGGCCGUUUUAAAUCUAUCAAAGUAUCCCCAAAUUUUCCAAAGUCACCCCGGUCUACGGUAAUGCAUUUAGGGUCAUUAAGCAUUUAAAGUGCCUUAUUGAGUGCAUUUUGGGUUACAGUUCAACCAAUAAAUAGUACAAUUAAACCCAAAUUAGUUGCAUUUUCGAGUUACAUACUUAAUUUUUUAAAGGAGUCAGAUUUCUGUUACAUUAUAUUUUCUGUGCCAAUUAUAAUCUUAAGCUAUGGUUGUAUCCUUAAAUAAAUCUAAAUUAGAAUAGAAAUAUAUUUAUACAAUUUUAUAUAAUAAGGACUGAAUAGCAUUUGAAGUGCCUUAAUAUGUGCAAUAAGUAUUAGCUCAUAUGUAAAAAUUUGAUUUGCUUUUUCAACUUGCUACCUAUUACCUAAUCUUAAAUUUUAUGAUUAUUAAUAAUGUAAGCUCACUCAAACCAGAGGUUUGUUAAAUCCAGAUUGGUUUAUUAAAGUUCUUCUGCUUUGUGAGAAAUCCGCAAAUAGAAUAACUCCCUAAGAAAUUUUACAUCAAAAAUUCGGACAGUUUUUUUUUGUGAUUUUCAUAUUUCAUUAUCAUGGGCCAUUUUCUAUUUUCUUUUUAAAGUUUCCCAAUGUAUCACUUUACCAAAUUUCGGACAUAUCCUAUCUUUGGGAGUUAUCUCAAAGCACUAGAAAAAAUUAAGUACCUAAAUAUGUUUCGAGUUGGAGCUUGAAUCUCAUUGUUCUUGUAUUUUUGACUUUAUACUCAGCAAACGGUUUAUAUUCGAUAAUACGAUAAAAACAUAUUAAUAUUAUUUUAUCUGUUCUUAAAUAGUCUCAAUCUUAGAUAGGCACUGAAUCUUAACUAAAAUUAUUAAAGUGAUUGUGAAUUGACAAAUAAAUUUGUAUUUUUAAUAAAUGACAAUUUUGAUCAGUAUUUAGCGAAGUGGACUUUUCUAUAAACUUUGAAACAAUACCCUUGGAGCAAAAAUUAUUGUAUCUCUAUACACCAUAUAAUAUUAUAUACUGAUAAUACUCAAAAAACGCGCUUUGGUUGACUGGAAGAAAAUAUGUUAAAGCCAUAAGUUCGCUAUGUGAAGUUUAGGGAAUCUCAUGUUUUACUGUCAUGGUAAAAAAAAUUUUUUUUAAUAAUCUACAUCUACAUUGUAUAUCUCUUUUCAACUAUUAUUAAUUUUGUUAUAUUAGAUCCAAGGGUAAAAGAGUUAUCAAUAUAAUAUAUUUGUAUAUUAUAUGUGAGUUCCGAAAUUAUUUAGUAUUUUAUUGGCCUAUUGAUCUGGAUCUAGUUAAAGUAUUAUUUUCAUUGGUAAAGUGUUCUUGCCAUAUUUAUUACUAUUAAUAAUUUAAUCAUCAAUUUGUGUCGCAAUAUGUGCCAUUUUUAAUGACAAUUUCAAUGGAUAAUUUUAUUUUAUUGCACGAUUUUGACAUUAUUGUAAAUAUUUAACCCUUUAGGCCCACUUGCACCAUCCCAAUAACCCGGGGUUAUGCGGUUAAACCGUUAACCCAGUGUCAAAUUGUACUGGUAACCAUGGUAACUCCAGGUUUAACCGGUUAACCCCGGGUUAGUGGAAUGGUGCAAGUGGGCCUUAAACAGUUUAAACGAACACAUCUAAACUAAAGACGCAUAGCACGAAUAAUUUCGUACAUAGACCCGCUUGUUUCUAUCUCUAUCGCACGUAUCUACUUAUAUUGCUGUCGCGCCCUUGCCGGCGGUCAAUGCCACUGCGAGCGGGACAGCAAAAUAAUUACGCGGGUGCGAUAGAGAUAGGAACAGGUGGGUCAAUGUAAGAAAUUCUUUGUUCUUAGCGUUCUUAUAUUAAUGAUAAACAAAAUGCUCUUUUGCAUAUAUUGCUUUUGCUCUUUUGCGUAUCUAGAUUCGAUUUGCACUGUGAUCCGAUUUGUCUCGGUCUACCCUAUUGUCUGGCAUUGCAAAGACUGUUGGUGUCAUUCGCGAUGGAAGGGUUAAUUCGAGAAUAUUAUUUUAAUUUUGAUCACCAUUUAGGUAAUUAUACGAUCCGACUGAUUACCGACUCUCUAUUUAUUAUUUGUACUUACGUUUUCAAUGUUUUUCAACUUAUUUAGACACUUCGUUAGGUAAAUAAAUGAUGUAAAAUUA